AUGGAGAUCGAGGUCCUGCAAGAACAAGAGUCUCUUCCUGUGACCAUGCUCGUCGACGGUGCGAUCUUCUGGGUGCACCUUUGCUGCCACGCGACCGUCGAUGCUCAACAGCCGUUGCUGAGCACGUUUUGCCUGGGCCACGUCAGGCAUCUGAACAUCGAGGCCCUGAUGCAGGUGCAGCUGCCGCAGGCAGACUUUGCAUACUUGAGCGCAUGCCACACGGCGGUGGGGUCUGUCGCGCGGAACGAGUCGAUGAGCCUGGCAGCGGCGCUGCAGGUGACCAGGUUCAGGUCGAUCGUGGCGAAGAUGUAUUCUAUCGGGGACAAUGACGGACCUGUUGCGGCAAGGGAGGUGUACAAGUACAUGUUCCGAGACGGUGCCUGGGCUGCACGGUCGUCUAACACGGCCAUUGGGGUGCACCAGGCAGCGCACGCACUGCAGUGGUCGGGGGCGCAGCUGUUCCGCUGGGUUCCGUUCAUUCAUAUCGGGCUGUGGUGGAUGUACCGGGCUAGAAUAAAUCAUUUUGCAAUGCCGACUAAAGGAGCAUGGAGGCAAACGCACGUGAAACAACCGUGGUAA